AUGCCUUCUGCACUCACAGUCACAUUCGUGCAGUCGACCCUCCUAAAUGCCCUCUCCAACAUCCUGGCGCAGCUAAUCGACCAGCGCAACAACACUACCCCAUUCAAAUUGAACAUACUGGCUCUACUCCAAUUCGUCUCUUAUGGCAUCCUAAUCGUGCCCCUGAAUUUCUACUGGCAACGCGCCCUGGAAACACAGUAUCCAGGCUUUCCCUCACGCGCGGAGAUCUCAACCCUUUUCUCCUCGCGCUCAUGCAGCUUCAAAGCACUGUGUUCCCUCGCAUCUCUGCGCGCUUUUCUCAUCUCCCUCUGGCCCUGGUCUGCUGAUCCAGAUGCCCAGCUCCCGCAUCACCAGGACAAGGAGAAGGAGAAGAUGGCCGAGAUCAAAGAGCAAACUCAAGGGCAGGCUUCCCGAUGGGCCCCUCGCGUGAGGAAGUCUGGUUUGCAUGCUUUUAUGAUGAAAUUCCUUUUUGACCAGACUGUGGCCGGUGUGGUAAAUAUUGUGUUAUUUGUUUUCUUGAUCAAUGUCUUGAAGGGGGUUGCGCUUAAAAGAGUCUGGGAGUUGGUUAUUGAGGACUUUCGGCCGAUUAUGAUCGCCCGGAUGAAAUACCGCCCAAUCGUGUCAACUCUGAUGUAUACUGUCAUCCCCGUGGACCGACGUGUCGUCUUCGGCAGUGCAUGUGGAGUGAUAUGGGGGAUUUACCUCAGCUUAUACGCGGCGGUUUAA